AAAAAGCUCUUCCUCUGUACUUUCAAUGAUGACUAUGGUUAGCUUGUUUUCCUUCACAAGUCCUGCAGUGAAAAGGCUCCUGGGAUGGAAACAAGGAGACGAGGAGGAAAAAUGGGCAGAAAAGGCUGUGGACUCACUCGUGAAAAAGCUGAAGAAAAAGAAAGGAGCCAUGGAGGACCUGGAGAAAGCCCUCAGCUCACCAGGGCAACUCAGCAAAUGUGUCACCAUUCCUAGGUCUUUGGAUGGGAGAUUACAAGUAUCUCACCGUAAAGGGUUACCGCAUGUAAUUUACUGCAGGGUAUGGCGAUGGCCAGAUUUACAGUCUCACCAUGAGUUAAAACCUCUCGAGUAUUGUGAGUUCCCAUUUGGUUCAAAGCAGAAAGAAGUAUGCAUUAACCCAUAUCAUUACAGAAGGGUGGAAAUGCCAGUGCUACCACCUGUACUUGUGCCACGUCAUAGUGAAUUUAACCCACAACAUAGCCUACUUGUCAAGUUUCGCAAUGUGCCUCUGGCACCGCAGAGUGAACCAUUGAUGCCACACAAUGUUACUUUCCCAAGCUCUUUUCAUGAGCAAAUAAAUCCGACUUAUCUGCCUUCACAAAACAAUGUUUUCCCUCAGUCAUCAAGCAACAGCAACUAUCCCGGCUCUCCUGCCAACUCUGAUCCAAGAACCUCACACCAACUCACAGCUAAAACACCAUCACCUCCAUAUGGCCACACAGAUAAACCGGUGAUGUGCGACAUUCAGCCAAUGGACACCUCAAUGGACACUCUCACCAGUCCAACUGAGCUUGGGAAAGGCCAUUUACAACCUGUCUGCUAUGAAGAGCCAGAUCACUGGUGCUCUAUUGUCUAUUAUGAACUAAACAAUAGAGUUGGAGAGGCUUUCCAUGCAUCAGCAACAAGCUUACUGGUUGAUGGAUUUACAGAUCCCUCCAAUAAUAAGAACAGGUUCUGCCUUGGACUGCUGUCAAAUGUAAAUCGAAAUUCUACAAUUGAAAACACCAGGCGGCACAUUGGAAAAGGUGUUCAUCUAUAUUAUGUUGGUGGUGAAGUUUAUGCUGAAUGCUUGAGUGAAAGCAGUAUCUUUGUCCAGAGUCGCAACUGCAAUUAUCAACAUGGCUUUCAUCCAACUACUGUUUGCAAGAUUCCCAGUGGUUGUAGCCUCAAGAUAUUCAAUAACCAGCUCUUUGCCCAGCUCCUAGCACAAUCUGUGAAUCAUGGAUUUGAGGUGGUCUAUGAAUUGACAAAAAUGUGCACAAUUCGCAUGAGCUUUGUGAAAGGCUGGGGAGCAGAGUACCAUCGUCAAGACGUUACAAGCACUCCCUGCUGGAUAGAGGUUCAUCUGCAUGGCCCCUUACAGUGGCUGGAUAAAGUUCUAACACAGAUGGGCUCACCUCACAAUCCCAUAUCCUCAGUCUCUUAA